GAAGGACUCCUGAAACUGCAACACCUGUUCUCAUUGGUCGACCAAAACCGGACGCUAGAGCUCCGGGCGGUCAAGCGAUUCAGAAACAGCUCGGAGGCCAACGAAUACCUGCGCGACAUUGAGUUCAACUCAACCAAUGACCGCAAAUACGUGAUACUAGAGUGCGAUGCCGUCACCGCCAAAACCAUUAUCAUCACACAUGUCAGCAGCACUGGUAGCUUAUUUUUGAUAGGACUGGUAGUGCUGGGACUCCUGAAACUGCAACACCUGUUCUCAUUGGUCGACCAAAACCGGACGCUAGAGCUCCGGGCGGUCAAGCGGAAGUCUUUGUCGAGCCUCCGGUUGCUUAUGGACGCGCUGGACAUUUACAUGGGCAAACGGAACUUCCAUUUCCUACUGACCAGUCUAGUGAUGGACGACUACCUCAAUGACAAGGUGUCGGAGUUCGGAGCCGUCAAUAUCACCGGCUUUCGGAUACUUAAGCCGUCGACACCGGAGUUCCGAUUGUUUUUCAAUCAUUGGCGCAAAAUAGACCCUAUUUCUGGUGUAAUGAUAGCGAAUGGCGCAGAAAAUAAAGUGGCCUCGAUCAGUGCAGAUGCGGCCAUGAUGUAUGACGGUGCCAAGGUACUACUGGACACAUAUCAACGGCUAUUUAGUCGACACCCCGAGGCUUUUCGUAAUAACUUUCGCCGUGGUGAAAUGUAUAAUAGCGGUGCAAAGGGCAUCGAUUGUAGGUCGGAGCCCAUUUCCAAAUGGGAGCAUGGUGAUAAAAUACGCAAAUUUAUGAUGAAGACUAACAUAAAUGGCUUGACCGGGGUAUUGGCUUUCGAUGAAUUGGGUUAUAGAUCAAACUUUUCAGUCGAUGUCGUGGAAAUGACAAUUAAUAGUGAAAUGGCCAAGAUUGCUGUGUGGACACAGGAAAAGGGUUUGAGCAUUGUGCCGGCUAAAUAUCACCGGGUGCUCCAGGAAAACACCAAGUUUGAUAAUAAAACUUACAUUGUCACAUCUAUACUGGAGGAGCCGUACCUUAUGAUGAAAGCCCAGGAGAAAGGUGUGGUAAACGAGGGGAACAACCGUUUCGAGGGCUACAGCAAAGACUUGGCGGACCUCAUCUCAAAUCACUUGCAAAUCAAUUACGAGCUCCGAUUGGUUCGGGAUAACAAGUACGGCGGUCUGGACACCAACUCACACCACGGCUGGAACGGUAUGGUCGGGGAACUCAUACGACACGUAAGUGUAUAUUAA